UGUAAUUACAAGUCCCUCAAUACCAAGUCGAAAUAAAAGAAAAAGUUCUUCAUUUUUUUAUUCCCUCCGUAGAAGUUAAAGCAAAAGCAUGCAUUUUUUCCAAUAACUAAAAUAAUAAACAAAAAGUGUUGCAUGUUCGAAAAGAGUUUAGUAUUAUUUAUUAAAAUAGGUGCAUAUAUACACUGAAGUUGACAUUUUUAUAUAGAUGAAGUAUUCACACUUUGUGUUGUUGCCUUUUAGUGAUCAGCUGCGUCAACAGGCCAAAAUAUACAUAAAAGACAUAAUUAACAUUUGCCAAUGCUUUACGAAAAGUUGGGACAUUUUGAAAAAAGCUUUUUGUCACUUGCACUGUUAACAGUGUUUUUGAAGUUUUAAUGAAGCAGCUUAUUGCGGAGACACAAACCAAAUGGCCUCAAAAUUUUAUUACUUUGGCUUUGGCAGCAAUUUGUUGGCAAAACGUUUGCAUCUUCAAAAUCCUACGGCGAUUCGAAUGGGUCCAGGGAAAUUGGAGAAUUAUCGCUUGGAUUUUUAUUUCCCUUCAAAAAGAUGGAAUGGUGCUGCUGCCACCAUUGUUCCCACAAAGGAUGAUUUUGUAUGGGGUGCUGUAUGGGAAAUUGAUGGUUGCGACAUGAAACAUUUGGAUGAACAAGAAGGUGUUGACAGUGGCAUCUACACCCCCAUUUCCGUUUCGGUAUAUUGCUCAAGUUUAAACAAAAGCCUUGAUUGUCGUGCCUAUCAUUUAUGCGAUCAGCCUGCCACAAAUCUUAAAAAUAUGUCUGCAGAUGAGGUGCCUAUGGAGCGACAACCGUCGCUAACAUACUUGAAGACUUUGGUUAAAGGAGCCUUGGAGACAGGUAUUCCUUCGGACUAUGUGGAGUGGUUAAAGAAAGUAAAACACAAUACAAAAAGUGCUGAUUAUUUUGAAAAGGAACUUGAAUUAGAUAAAAUUAAAUUGAAUUAAAUGUAUAAGCAUUAAUGGUCCAUAUGAAACAAAAUGUACAAAAAUGUAAUGUAAUUUUUAGAAAAAAAAAAUUGGUUAAAACGAAA